UUUCUGCUGAGGAGAAAAAAAGAGAGAGAAAGAAAAGGAGGAAAAAAGGCGUGACUUGAUUUUCAAACGAAACUCCCACAGCAAACAAAACCCUUUUAGAGAAAUAAGAAAGGAGGAAGAAGGAAGAAAAGAGGGAAGAAAAAAAGAGAGAGAGAGAAAACCCUUCAGGCUUUCAAUUUGAGUGGGAGAGUUGAACCGAAAGAAAGAGAAAGAAAGGAAGAAAAAUCCUCUCUGCGGUAGAAAGAGAAAAGAAAACUUGGGCUGACAAGAGGGGGGUGUUGGGGGGUGGAAGGAAGUGAGAAAACAAAAGAGAGAUAAAAGGGCUGCUUUUCUGUCUCUCUUCCUCCGCGAGCUGGGUUAGGAGGAGCUGUUUUGCAUCCCUUCACGUCAGCCCUGCCUCAUUCCCUUCUUCCAGGGAGGGAGAGAGAGCGAGCGAGAGAGAGAGAGAGAGAGAGAGAGAGAGGAGAGGGAGAGAGAGGGGGAGAGAGAGAGAGAGAGAGAGAGAGAGAGAGAAAAAGAGGAGCCGGAGGGAGGGCGGCAGGAGCAGGCGGCGGGCGCGCGUGGAGGCGGGCGGCGGGCGCGCAGCAGCAGCCCGGGCGGUGGGCAGCCAGGAGCCCCCGGCCCCGGCCCCGGCCCGCCACGGGCCCCAGCGCAGGAGCCGCGCCCGGACCCAGGGUGUGCGGAGAGGGACUUUGAACCUUGGGGGUCACCCAGCCAACUCUGAAGCUGCUCUUUCAGUCCUGCCUUUGUACACGUGCUCACCUGGUUGCCUGUAUGCCCAUGGAGGCAGAUGCAGUGAGUUGCAGUGGGAGCAGAGGUUCACUCUUCUCCUCAGAGCGGAUUACCGGCGAUGCCCUCCUAGCCAGCCGCCACGGGAUGGAGGGCUUCAUGGACUCAGGGACACAGACGGAUGCCGUGGUGGUGCUGUCCUUGGCUCAGGCCGCCGUGCUGGGCCUGGUCUCAGAAAAUGAGCUCUUUGGAGCCACCAUAAGCGCCGAAGCCUUCUACCCGGACCUGGGGCCGGAGCUGUCCGGGGCGGCCAUGGGGGAGCCCCGGGCCCCGGGCUCCGAUGUCUACCAGCUGGCCUGCAACGGGCAGGCCCUGGAGGAGCCGGCAGAGGAGGAGGUGCUGGAGGUGGAGGCAGCCUUCGAGAAGCACACCCGGCGGAAGACGCGGCCGCCCGUGCGGCUGGUGCCCAAGGUCAAGUUUGAGAAGGUGGAGGAGGAGGAGGAGCAGGAGGUCUACGAGGUGUCCGUGCCUGGCGACGACAAGGAUGCGGGCCCAGCGGAGGCCCCCACCGAGGUGGCCAGUGGUGGCUGCGAGGCCCUGGUGCAGAGCAGCGCCGUCAAGAUGAUCGACCUCAGCGUCUUCAGCCGCAAGCCCCGGACACUGCGGCACCUGCCCCGAACCCCGCGGCCAGAGCUGGACGUAGCCCCCUUCGACCCCCACUUCCCCGACCCGGCCCGGGACGGCUUCCCCGAGCCCAGCAUGGCGCUGCCCGGGCCGGAGGCCCUGCCCACGGAGUGUGGCUUCGAGCCGCCGCACCUGGCCCCCCUGAGCGACCCUGAGGCCCCCACCAUGGAGUCCCCGGAGCCCGUGAAGCCAGAACAGGGCUUCGUGUGGCAGGAGGCAGGCGAGUUUGAGGCCGACGCAGCCGGCUCGACGGUGGAACGCCACAAGAAGGCCCAGCUGGACCGGCUGGACAUCAACGUGCAGAUCGACGACUCGUACCUGGUGGAGGCAGGCGACCGUCAGAAGCGCUGGCAGUGCCGCAUGUGCGAGAAGUCCUACACAUCCAAGUACAACCUGGUGACGCACAUCCUGGGCCACAACGGCAUCAAGCCGCACUCGUGCCCGCACUGCAGCAAGCUCUUCAAGCAGCCCAGCCACUUGCAGACACACCUGCUGACGCACCAGGGCACCCGGCCACACAAGUGCCAGGUGUGCCAGAAGGCCUUCACGCAGACCAGCCACCUCAAGCGCCACAUGCUGCUGCACUCGGAGGUCAAGCCCUAUAGCUGCCACUUCUGCGGCCGCGGCUUCGCCUACCCCAGCGAGCUCAAGGCCCACGAGGUGAAGCACGAGAGCGGCCGCUGCCACGUCUGCGUCGAGUGCGGCCUGGACUUCUCCACCCUGACCCAGCUCAAGCGCCACCUGGCCUCCCAUCAGGGCCCCACCCUCUACCAGUGCCUCGAGUGUGACAAGUCCUUCCACUACCGCAGCCAGCUGCAGAACCACAUGCUCAAGCACCAGAACGUGCGGCCCUUCGUGUGCACCGAGUGCGGCAUGGAGUUCAGCCAGAUCCACCACCUCAAGCAACACUCGCUCACCCACAAGGGUGUGAAGGAGUUCAAGUGCGAGGUGUGUGGCCGGGAGUUCACCCUGCAGGCAAACAUGAAGCGGCACAUGCUGAUCCAUACCAGCGUUCGGCCCUACCAGUGCCACAUCUGCUUCAAGACCUUCGUGCAGAAGCAGACCCUCAAGACCCACAUGAUUGUACACUCGCCCGUGAAGCCAUUCAAAUGCAAGGUGUGCGGGAAGUCCUUCAACCGCAUGUACAACCUGCUGGGCCACAUGCACCUGCACGCGGGCAGCAAGCCCUUCAAGUGCCCCUACUGCUCCAGCAAGUUUAACCUCAAGGGCAACCUGAGCCGGCACAUGAAGGUCAAGCACGGCGUCAUGGACAUCGGCCUGGACAGCCAAGACCCCAUGAUGGAGCUGACGGGCACUGACCCCUCCGAGCUUGACAGCCAGCAGGAGAUCGAGGACUUCGAGGAGAACGCCUACGCCUACACCGAAGCUUUCUUGUGUGCUGUGCGUGCUUUGUGCCUCCCCAACCAAGAGCAGCUUGGCCUGCCCUGGCGGGACUCGGGCUCGGAGGGGACUGUCGGUCUGGCCCUGGGGCUUCAGCUGCUGGCAGGGAGCCUCCGGAGGCCAAGGCGAGAGGCAGGAGGAGGCAGAGCCCGGCAGGCCGUCCACCCUCUCCCGGCCCCUCCAGCUAGUGACUUGCUCUGAACCACCCAGAGCAGCGGCCCGGGCUGCCGCCCCUGCUCAGCCCAUGGUUCGCUCGCUCGCCAGCCCGCUCUCAUCUCUUCGGUCCCUGCGCCAGCUCCUGCCCCGGAACUGAAGACUGCAGGCCCAGGGCGGUGAAAGAGCCCAUUCAGGAACGCUAGGGCACCCAUACUCCCACCCACUCGCCCCCUGCGGCCUCCGUGGAGGGGAGCAGGCAAGGCCAUUCCCAAAGGCACAGGAGGUGAAGCCACCAGCUUCAGCCCAGAAACCAGGAAGCGGGGAGCGGCUGGGGAGGGAGGCGCCCCCAAGGCUGUAUCCUUAGUGAAGGACCAAGCCAGGCCUCAGGGUGGCUCAGAUCAGGACGGAGGGGAGGACAAGGUAGCCUCGGGAUCAGGCAGCCAGGUGCCCCUUCCUUCUCUGCUAGAGUUCAUGCUAAGCAGCAAAUAAGAGGGCUGGGGCUCACGGGAGCCUCGCCCCAACUGUGGCUCUCCAGACCCCGAGGCCCCCCAGCCUCCCAGGUGCCCGCCAUGAUGACCCUCAGGUGGCAGUGACCCCGUCACUGUAGAAGACAUUUUCUCCUGCUGAGCAGAAGCAUCAUCCCCCGCAAACUACCUCUUCCCACAACGUCUUUCUCCCCUGGUACCAAAAAGAACCCUGUACCUCCUCCUCCUCCUCUUUCCUGCCAGUGCAGUGGCCUUGGUCUUGGAAACCCAUGAGAGAAGGGCUGGCCCCCAGGGUGGGGCUCUCCUCUCUGCCCCCAGCCCCGCCAUCAGCACCAGCCCUCUGCGAGGUUCGAUACUUGAACGCCCCCCCUGCCCUGUGCCUUGGACCUGGGCAAGGCUGAGAGAAGGUAGCAGCACAACUCACAAUUGGAGCUGGGUGGGUGGUGGUCUUGGCAAGGCUCCGGUCCUCACCCCCCACCCCACCCCAACCUUUUCAAAAGAGGCGUGCAGCCUCUCGGGUGACUUGGAAACUCCUGGACAAAUUCCAUUCUAACUUAUUUUGACGUGUAUACAAACCAACUGUUUAGAAAUUCCACUUGUGCAAAGCCCUACUGUGUUUUUAUGUUCCUGUUUAAAAGAGAAGUUUACUUAGCAAUAAUUAUAAAUAAAUGAAUAUUCUUUAGUGAGGUGACUGCGAGUGCUUCUUGGGGACCUGGUCCUCACCCCUCCCUCAGAAGGAGCUCCCUACAAGGCUUCCAUCUCUGGGGGCCCAGAGGACCCCCAGCCCAUCCUUUGCACUAGAAUGGCCACCUGCAGAGCUCCAAGCCCGUGAGAAAGGGGCACAGGUCAAGGCCCCAGAAUUCCCACCACUCAAAGAGAAAAAGCCGCUUCCCCACCAACAGGCCACCAGGACAGAAACCAGCUCCCGAUGCCAGACUGGGCUUCAGAGCCUGUGCCUUCUGGGGAGCUGCCAGUCCUUCGUUACUGAUGGGGAAGAAGGGGCCGGAAACCUUGAGCUGCCUCCCAGGAGUUGGGCCAGCCAGAGCCAGCACGCCAGCUUUUCCUCCUAGAGCGCCGGGAGUCCAGUGAUUACUGAGGAAGAGUGGUCUUAGCACAGACGGCGGCUGUCAGUGGAGGUGGGCAGCUAGAGCCCAUCUCAAAGCUACCAAGGCUCCCAGCUAUCGGGUUUCAGAAUACAUGAGAGCCCACCCAAAUUUGGGAAAUGGACUUUGGGUUGCCAAGUUUUUAUUUUCUCAAGUCAAGAUGACACAACUCGGGAAUUCCCUGGCGGUCCAGUGGUUAGGACUCCGCGCUUUCACUGCAGAUCCUGGUCAGGGAACUAAGACCCGGCAAGCCAUGCGGCCAAAAAAAAGACACAACUCUUCCCCAGGACAUUUUUAACACCAAAACUAGAACAUAAUCCCUGAAUAAAGGAUAGCCCUUUAAAUUGGAUCUGUUCAGCUUUAUAGCAACUUUAUAAACUUACUUUUCCAAGUUUUUCCACAGAAUGGUGAAGAAGAACCCAAGUUGGGACUCACUAGCCUGGACCACAUGAGGGCCCCACUCACAGGCCCAGGCCCAAGUCCCAGGCAGCCGUGGGGAAGAGAGCUGAGGCGGCUACUGUGUGGGACCUGUUUUGAGGACUGAGAAACAGGCAAAUAAAGAGGUCUGGGCACGUUUAGAAAGUUAAAACUAUCAAAGA